UCCGCGAACCAUUUCGCUGAUUUUCUUUCAUCUUCGCCUUUUCUCAAAUCUCUCGAACCUUCUCGUUUCUUUCUCUCUCGGAAAAAACAUGGUGAAAGGUCCAGGUUUCUACUCGGAUAUCGGCAAGAAAGCUCGAGAUCUUCUGUACAAGGAUUACCAGAGCGACCACAAGUUCACUCUCACAACUUACACUGCUUCUGGAAUCGCAAUUACUUCAACUGGAACGAGAAAGGGUGAGGUAUUUCUGGCAGAUGUUAACACUCAGCUGAAGAGCAAGAACAUCACAACCGAUGUGAAAGUGGACACUAGCUCAAAUGUCCAUACAACUAUUACUGUGGAUGAGCCCGCACCUGGACUCAAGGCAAUUGUGAGGUUUAUUGUUCCAGAUCAGAGAUCUGGCAAGGUGGAGCUCCAGUACCAACAUGAGUACGCUGGUAUCAGCACGAGCAUCGGAAUGACUACUAGUCCAAUUGUGAACUUCUCUGGUGUAGUUGGAAAUGAUGCUCUCUCUAUUGGAACAGAUUUAGCCUAUGAUACUGCCUCUGGCAACUUCACCAAAUAUGAUGCAGGGUUGAACUUUGUUCAUUCUGAUUUGAUUGCAUCUCUCACUCUGAACAACAAAGGAGACACUCUUAAGGCCUCCUACUACCACACCGUAAGUCCAUUGACUAACACUGCUGUUGGUGCGGAGCUUUCUCACGUAUUUUCAAACAACGAAAACACUUUUACAAUUGGCACACAGCACGCUCUUGACCCGUUAACCUCAGUGAAAGCGCGGGUGAACAACUAUGGCCUGGCCAGUGCUCUGAUACAGCAUGACUGGACUCCUAAAACCCGCUUUACCUUAUCUGGUGAAGUGGACACUAGGGCAAUCGACAAGAGUGCUAAAGUUGGUAUAGCGCUGGCACUGAAGCCAUAAAUAUGGCUGAUUGUUGAUUGAAUGAAAGGCUUCACAUUUUAUGGUUGAGGGCAAUAAGGGGUAGGAUUUCACAUUCCCAUUGAACCUUUGGUUUUUUAUUGUGGAGCUUAUUUCUUCCUACACUGGUGGUCAUGGAUUGUAAAAACUAAUUAGUUCGGACAAAUUUUAUUUUGUAUUUACCAUUCAAACCAAAAGACCUCUCCCCUUUUAAAAAUCAUUUUUUAUAAUCAUGGAAAUUCUUUGUGCUGCAAUCGCAGUUGGUAUUGAA